AUGCCUUUCUACAGAAGAAAGCGCACGUCCUCGGACCUCCCGCCACCUCCUCCACCCGACGAAUCUCCUCCAGCUCUUUCUUCUUCUCCUACUCCUCCCCCUCUUUCUCCGCGCCCUUCGGCUCAUUCUUCGCCUGGUCACCUCCAGCGAUACCAGCGCCAUCAGGCUCCACAGAUCCACACGCCGAAACCGUCCAUGGUCGCCCAAAGACCUAGCGGCAACUGCUUUGGCGGAUAUCAACCCGAUAGCGGUACCCCGUUCAUCUCGGUCGGCAGCAGAGCGGCGAUCAGUGGCGGCAGCGGCAGCGGGUUCAACCAGGUCGGCAACAGGACAGCGAGUGGCGGUGGCAACGCGUAUAAUCCGGCCGCUAACAGGACAGUGGGCGGCGGCGGCACCAUGUACAAUCCGGCCGCCAACAGGACAGCGAGCGGCGGUGGCAUCGGGUCGAAUUCGGUCGGAAGCAGGCUGCCGAGCGGCGGCCACGGCGGCGGCGGGUUCAAUUCGGUCGGAAACAGGACACCGAACGGUGGCGGCAGCGGCACUGGAUACAACUCUGUCGGCAACAGAUCCGCGAACAGCAGCAUAUCCAGCGGCGACAACGGACAGUCAAACGCGAAUCAGAGGGUUAUCCAGGGCGGCGGUGUCUCGAAUAGCUUCACUGUGUCUGGCGGCAGCGGACAUUCAAACGAUAUUCAAAGGACUACCCAAAGCAGAGGUAUCUCGAACAGCUCCAGCAUCCAGGGCAGAUACACUGGUGUUUCUACCAAGCACGGCGAUUCCAUGGACGAGGUCAUGCCCUUAGCCAUCACCUCCAGGGCCCACCCUUCCAGCCCCUCCUCCAGGACCCAGCAUUCCACCCCCUCCUCCAAGACCUUCCCCCCCAGCCCCGCGUUCCUCGAAACCUCCCGUGGCGGCCCCGCUUCUAUGCAUUCAACUGGAUCCUCGGCCAACUCCUCGAUCACGACGUACUCCGGCGGCUACCAGCACUCCGAUCACAGCAACGUUCGCACCCGCCGCAACGGUAACCCGCGCCCGAACCUCCUCCCUCCCGGCCAGACUACCCCCGGCGAAAUAGAUGUUCGCGGCCUCCGCACCAGGCGCCCCGCUCGCUCACCUGGUUCCUUACCUCCCACCAUUACAUCUGGGCCGAGUGGUCCCCGCCCACUGCCGCCUACCAAUAGGGUUGCCACGCCUCCCGAUACCGUCGCCGCGCAUGCGAUCUCCCCCGACCCGAUGCUUCCGGAAAACUACGCCGUUAGCUGCUGUGAAUGCAGCGUGCUGUCCCAGUGCAAGAUCCCCGAGAUCCAGUUGGAUCGCUGGUUGGUUAUGUGCCCGGCUGGCUGCGGACACUACCUCGGUGCUUGUGUGGAGACGAACGGCCACAUCUACGGAGGCCAUGGCUGUAAGGUGAAGAUUGUCAAGAAAGAUGAGGAGGAUGACAAGGAGAAGAAGAAUGUGGCGGAAUAG